UGUAAGGCUGAAGUGACGCGUGAUGCGCUGUCAGAAUCACAAUGACAACGAUGACUUAUCACAGGGUUUGACACUCUCAGGUAGAGCACAGGUAAAAUAAUAUAUCUAAUUAAAAAUUCAUAUGUUUAAACAAACGAAACACAUAACUUAACAAGUAUAUAGUGACGCCACACCUGGGCAAUAAGUCUCGGACUCUCGGACGAAAUUCAGCCGGCCGCCAUUUUAGACUGACGGGAUUUACGUGUGGUCCUUGGGAAUUUAACCCAAGUGUCGGGGAUAUAUUGAUGGUAUAGAUUCUGUCGACACUCUUCGUGACAAUACCGGACCCCCGCCAUCCUGGAUGGACGACCCGGUUCCCGAUGGCCGACCGUUAUGGACGCUGUUUUUCGACGGAACGCUAUUUAAGCGUUACCAAGACUACCUGCAGAGUCACGACCUCACCAAGAUUCUCAACAAUCGAGCCAGUGCCGUGAGCAGUAACUCACUACCGUCAGAACCCCCUAUCCUCAAUGACGAAACGAACUGGUUACCUCCCCUUGGCAGCAAAGCUAUGGAGAACAAUGGCGCUACGCCAAUCUCACGUAUGACGUCAACAAAUUCUGAUAACUUUCUGCGGAAUGUUGAAAAGAAACGGCGGAAUAGACGGACGAUUGGUUGUGUGGUUCUGGGAAUUCUAUGUCUCGGCGCCAUAGCAGCUGCUGUAGCGCUUAUCAUCCACUUCGUUUUUGUAAAAAGUAAGGAACACGUGUCCAACAGCGCCCCCAUCCAUAUUCCCGGAAGUGACACUCAUCAUCAGAACCUAAGCGGCUUAGUAAACGAAUCCCGGAGACUUGGUAUCACCACCAUCUCCCCGAGACACAGUGUAAACAUACCUAAACUAGAAAACAUCCCCACUAUCACUGAGGGGGACGGCAGACCACAGUUUAUACCGCUCAAACCGAUAGAGUCGGCCACCGACGACCCUAAACUAGCACAGUCCAUUGAAAUGAAGGAUAUGUACACGACGAUAGGAUCAAGUGGAAUAUUUUCCUGUAGCCUCAGGGGAAUCUCAGAAUGGACAUCCGUAUUCAUACGCGGUAAACGUAAAUCACAGCCACCCGGCAUUUUUGAAUACAUUUUGACUUUUUCCGGAGAAUUUUCAUUAAAGGGAAAUAACUCUGAUAUGGUUGUAAGCCACAAAAAGCAGAAAAACAUAAAAGACGUCAGUCUUGACGACGUAUUGGUAUACAUCGCCUACACGGACGUUAUUUGUGGCAACCAGGACACUUUCACGUGUGGUGUCCAGGCGGGCGGCGAGACGGAGAGUCGGACAGCCAAAGUCAUCAUCACAGUGGAUCCGGCCCCGGAAGUCAAUAUGGAGAUUCCAGUGCAGGUCAUUGAAGGAGAGCUGCUCCGUAUCUCGGCCUCCUGGAUGGCGGGAUACCCCGAUCCCCACGGUAAUCUGAGCUGGUCCACAUAUCUUCCGGGGGAAGACACUCCAACUGACUUUUUCACUGAUGCUAAAACGACGUGGACUUUAAAACGUUACGAGGAAAAGUGCGAAACGGUGAUCGACACUUUUACCAAGUUUGAGCCAAAGUUAGAGUCUAACGGAACAGACGUCAUUGUGAAACCGGAAAUAACACCAGUCGCGGGAGGGGAAGUCCCUGAUUUAAAAAUAACAUCUUCAAGGGAAACUCUUUACGUAGUACCAGAGAUUCAUUGUGAUGGUUUCACCAAUGACACCAGAAUAGCGCACCCGUACACGUGUACCAAGUUCGUGAGAUGCAUGCCCGACAAAAUGCUUAUCUACCCUUGUCCGGAACAAACCUGCUUCCAGGAAAACUCCAAGCAAUGUAACUAGUGUGGAACACAUCUGACCAGCUUGGACCUUAUACAAUUAUCUUUUACAAAUUGUAAUCUGAAUACAGUGUGAUUACAUGAAACGUUGAACAUGUGUAAAUAGCAUUGAUCCUAUGUAAUUAACUUUGAACAUGUGUGGAGUAUGUAUGACCUGCGUCAAACACAGAUGUGUUUUGUUGAAUUCUUGAUGUGUGCUUAGUCUGAAUACACGUUUGAUGUACAUGGGGUUUACUGUAUGACAUUGUGCAUUAUGUGUUUAAAACUUGCACUUUAAAUACAUGUUUUAUUUUCAUGAGUAUAAUCCAUACAUUAUCAAUGAAACUCCCUAACUUUUCUAUUUUGUUACAUGUCUCACACUUCGACAGUGUUUAAAUGAAUCUUCCCCUGCCUUAAGGGGAUGAGGGAUUAUCGAAAUUAUAAGAGAUUUUCUUAAUCGUCUGAACCAGGGUCUGAGAUGGAGUUGACCUACAGGGAUACCACCCUGAGUGUUGGGGAAUAGCUAAAUCCGGUGUAUUUGUAAGUCGCCAGGAGAUACAAAUGUCAUCGUUUGCACGAGUAAAUAAUGUGUACCCAGUCUGCUGCUCUAUAGCGCAUUAAUAUAAUACAAAUGUGCCAAUGACGUCACGUUGAUGAGUCCAAGGUUUCCAUGUUCCUGCUAAUAUGUCGGCUGUGUUUUUUCUACGUGUGUAUCAAUUUUAUGCUGUGAAAUUCGAGUUGGUAAUGCAAACAAUAUCCAGGAGUCAAAUGCAAAUUAAGUUUUAUAUUUUAACGCUCUAAAUACGACAAAUGUGCCACACAACGUCAAGCUUUAAUCAACAAUCACGGCCGCAAUCGCCUGUCAUGGUAGCAAUUAAUAUCAAGACUACAACUUGAUGGAAUAUGUGAUCUAUUUUACACAACGUAAUACGUCUCCUGUGCCUGUGAAGAGUCCUGAAAAUCACCGUGUUUUUCAUUUAUUUAUCAAUGGGUUUUUUAUUAUCUAUGACGUUAUAAAACCAGGGCCGACACUAAAGAUUAUAGACAUACCACGUUAUCUUAUUUCGACAUGAUCCACAAGAUAUAGCCAUGUCCUUUAGACAAUCAUUGUUUCGAUAGCAAGCGUGUCUGACAACCUUAGAAUAAAUGUAAUGAGGUUCCACUUCAUUUAAAAACCUGGCCGCUAGUCACCUCAUACUGACGACAUUGAAUGGUUGUGUUUUGUGUCCACGAGUCUAUCCACUCCUUGAGUCUCCUUGGAGGUGACAAGUUGAUAUUUUCCAACGUAACGGGAUACACACCUGUGAGGUGUUGAAGAAUACCAAACCAUACCGACAUUAACGAUGCCUAAUACGUCAUACAGUGUUUUCCUAGGGAGGCCAGCCAUUAACGAAAAUGUUAAAUACAUAUCAUUAAAAUAUAAAUACGUUUUUUUUUAAAUCUAUGGAAUUAUCUAACUCUUUGUUUAACUUUUGGAUUAUCUUGACUUUGGUCUUUCCAAUUAUUUCCUUGUUACUGCAUUGUCAACAUUCAUGUAUAGAGAUGAUAUUGUUCAGUAUCAUGCUUUAAAUAAGUCAGUUGUAAAAAAAGAGUCGACUCAUUUAUGCAACUAUCUACCACAUUUCUUUUUCAAAUUAAUUUCGAAAAUAAACCCAUCAAGUUAAACACUUCUCAAUACACAUUACGAUCUAAUACAGUUUUGUCGACGUUAUCUCAUUUAAUGAGUAUGUGGUCAGUGUUUCCAGUUGAAAUUAAAACAAAAAUAAUUAUGUUUUGUUUCCAAAUAACAUUAAAGCAGUUAUACUCAAAACAACUAACAAUGACGACAUACCUCCUACCGAUAGCUUGGAAGUCAAAAGCUUACAGUGGCAUUGGUCUUUUAACUGUAAUAUCACGGACCAAAUUAUCAUCACGUCUUUCCAAUCGGCAUACUGUUGAAUUGGUCACAGGCCCGACAAAUUUUUUCCGGUCUUUAUGAAUGUACAUGUGAACUAGUUAUGUACUUUCUUUUGAAUUGAAAUUUUAUUUUUUUGUGUCGAGAUAUCAGUGUGAAGGUGUAUAUCACUUGUUUUGUUGAAAUCACUUCCGUAAUACAGUUUAGUGUCAAAGGUUCAAAGUUCAAGUAAAUUGCAUCGAUAAAUGAUAACGGUCCGGUUGCUCAUGCUAAAUAUCUAUAUACAUAUUCAUUCGUAUUUUUCUUUGUAAAUAAAGAGAGAAAAAACUCGUACAAUGUCUAUCAGAUCGUAUGAAAUGUUAACACGACGAAUAAUGAAUUUAUCAUCAAUGUUAUAUCACAGUGUCACACCUAUAGCGUACGCCGCGUUUCACCCGACACACGUUUAAAUGUUUAAAAGAUAACGUAAACGACCCACGUGAUUACACGUAUAGAAUUUGGUAAUAU